AUGGAUUCGGGACUCUCGCAGCGCUCGCAACGCGCCCUCGGCCACCUGCUCCCGACGUUCGCGACCAGCGCCCCGCCACCACCAUCACAACAACAACAACAACAACAACACGUCCAACCCACGAUUGAUCUGUCUCGCGCCCUCAACGAGGCUGUCCACCCCGAGCUGCUCGAGUUCUUCCAGAGCACCCAAGAAACCAAUGUUGCGAGCGAGGCGUUUGCAGCACCAGCCGCAUCGCUCAAUGGCGGCGAUCCGCGACUCCGCCAUGCACUAGCCACCUUCUUCAACGCAUACUUCAACCCCAUCCACACAGUCAAGCCCGACCACAUUGUCCUUACGUCCGGCGCUACCGACGCCGUCGAAAAUGUCGUCCACGCCAUCUGCGACGACGGCGACUGUGUCCUUGCUCCCGGCCCCCACUGGCCGGGCUUCGCAACAAUCCUCAAGAGAAGAUCCAACGUCAAUCUGAUUGUUGCAAAGCCGCCCACUUACUCCCACUGGGACAACUACCUCCUCCCCUCGCUGCAAGCCGCCUACGACUUUUCCGACCAGAGGAUCCGCAUCAAAGCCGUGCUGCUGUGCAAUCCCAACAAUCCCUUGUCGAGAUGCUAUCCCCGCAGCGCGCUGCUGGAGCUCAUGGAGUUUUGCCAAGAGCGAGGCUUGCACUUGAUCUGCGAUGAAGUCUUUGGCCUGCUCGACUUGCACGGCACCGACGACAAGGCGCCCGGGUUUAUGAGCGCGCUGAGUCUCACGGAGCCGCUCGUCCCCGAAGGCGCUGUCAAAGUCGAUGCCAGCCGCGUGCAUGUAGUGUGGAGCCCGAGUAAACUGUUUGGCCUGAGUGGAUUCCGAGUGGGCUGUCUGAUAUCCCAGCAAAACCCCCUCCUCUUGCGUGCCACUGCCCUAACCGCCGCCCACCCCUCCACCCUCUCCACCUCGUUCCUCGCCUCGCUCCUCUCGUGGUCGCAACUCCCCACGCUCCUGGCCCUCAACCGCGAACGCCUCUCGCACUCCUACCGCAUCCUCGCAGACGCCCUGCAAAAGCUAAACGUGCCCUUUAUCCCCGCCUCCCACGGCCUCUUUGUCUUUGCCCGCCUCGCCAAAAGAGCCACCAUCGAGCAGCAGGAAACACAUUUCUUCGCUGCGCUGGCGCAUCACGGCAUCAAGGUCGCACCCGGACGCUCGUUUAAUGGCGUAGAAAGGGAUUACGGUUGGGCUAGACUUAGGUUCUCGCUUCCAGUGCAGCAAAUGCAAGAUCUAGUCCGCAGACUGGAAUUGUUUUUGCACUCGAGUUGAGAAAAAAAUAAUAGUAAAUAGUGGAAUUGGGGGGGGGGUUAUGGCUACGGGUGGAUUAUUUGAUUGAUUGAUUGAUUGAUUGAAAUUGGGGUUUUCUUUCCACGCUUAGACUUUUGCUUCAGCGCAAGGGAUGUGUUGUUUUCUUUUUCUUUCUCCUUCUUUUGGGAAUGCGGUGGUGGUAGUCUGUUGUUUCAAUAACGUGCUUACGACAUACCGCUAUUCUUUUCUCUACUCCCCGCAAAAACAAAAAAGAAAAUUGUAAAUCAUCAUCUCAUAACAUGUAGUUGGACGGG